AUGUACAGAACUACAAGGUCCCCAAUGAUGCAGCCUCUGGUCAACUCAGGAAUGGGCAUGGCUCCUUUCUUCAAGGUGACUGUGUUCGAGCAGGAGCAUUUCCAGGGCAAGUGCCUGGAGUUCACCUCCGAGUGCUGCAACAUCCAGGAUUGCGGACUGGACAACAUCCGCUCCAUCAGGGUGGAGAGCGGAGCCUGGGUGGGUUUUGAGCACCACGACUUCCAGGGCCAGCAGUUCAUCCUGGAGAGAGGAGAGUACCCCCACUGGGAUGCUUACAGUGGAUCCCUCUCCUACCACGUGGAGCGCCUCAUGUCUCUGCGCCCCAUCUACUGCGCCGUGAGUACAUCCCCACUCUCAGUGUUCAGCCAACACACAACAGAUUACCUCAGGAGUCCAAAAUCCAACAGUUUCUUUCUCCCCUUGCAGUCCCACCAGAGCAGCCGCAUGGUCAUCUUUGAGAGGGAGAACUUCAUGGGCCGCAGCGUGGAGAUCUGUGACGAUUACCCCUCUCUGCAGGCCAUGGGCUGGAUGAUGCCUGAAGUUGGCUCCAUGCACGUGCAGUGCGGCGCCUUUGUGUGCUACCAGCACCCUGGCUACAGAGGCCAGCAGUACAUCAUGGAGUGUGAGAGACACAGUGGAGACUACCAGCACUGGAGGAACUGGGGCUCCCACUGUCAGACCCCUCAGAUCCAGUCCAUCAGGCGCAUCCAGCACUGAGAGGAGGACAGGCUGAGACUGAGACAGCAGCUCCCCUCCACCCUCCUCCCUUCACCCACAACCCCUUCCCCUUUCUUUCUUUCUUCCUCUCUUCAAACCUUUCCUUCCUCUUGACUUGAGCCGCAACAGCCGCCCCAACACCACUACUGAUUCACAGCCGCUGCCAGAGUGUGAUAAGAGACAAUAUCGCACUGUUAAAGCACAGGGAAACACACGCUCCACCACACACACACGCUGACAUAACUGACACGCACACAGUGUCUUUUUAUUUGGUUUAGAGGUCGCUACACACUCACACAC